UAUCUUUCUUGCGCUGUCUUUUUCCUUUCUUCUGGCAUCAGCGUUUCUUUCGACACUCCUGUAGGGCGCAAUAACACAUUGUAUCGUGCAAGAAAACAAAUUUUGGAAAAGAAGACCAGUUGGGGGAUUCACAAAGAUAUUUCUGGAAUCGCGCUGUGGGAUUGUAGAAACACAUAUCAGAAACACAUAGAAUCUCUACCCAUGUCAACUGCUUCAGUCGUACAGCCUGAGGCACCGCCUACUCCUGGUCGUCAAAACGACUCGUUAUGCACGGAGGAAUCCAUGACCGUCUUGAAUCGCAGCACGACGCCUAGUGUGAUUAGGUUUGCCGAAAAAGAGACAGUCGAAGCAAAAAGCGCAAGAUUGGUGGUCGAGAUUCAACGACCUAUAUCGAAAACAAACAUCAAUGCUAUAGCUUCUUCAUCGGAGCAACUUUCCUUUGUAUCUUCUUCCAACUCAAUUCAGAAACCAGAACUGGUAUCCUCAGCCAUGACAACUCCCAUUCAACCAACCUCUACAACCUCCGAAGGCGCCUUUACUUCUCUCAAGGACGCUCUCAUGUCCUCCAUCUCACAUAACAACCUCCCUGAAAAUAUAUAUCUCGAAAUAGAUCUCCCGAAACAUACUGGUAUAAAACGUUCGAGAACUAAUGAAGGAGGACCUGGUCGAGUGAAACGGUUGCGUCGUGACGAUGAAGGAGAAGAAUUGCCAGGGUCAUGGUCAUUGUCCAAGGUGCGGAAUGACAUACCGGUCCCCGUGACCGUAUCCGCACAAGAUACUCCUGUUCAGGCGACUAUUGAAGCGGACGACGAGGACGACGAGGCAGAUCUCAUCCGCCUAUUCGUCGUCAGUCGGGCAGGCCAUGUACUGCCUCCACCUUCCUCCUCAACUCCCACUGAAUCGCAACUGUCAACGCGGUUUGAUGAUGCAUCUCUCAGUGUACGAAAUCUCAACACUCGCUUUGUUCGGAGUAAGGGAGAGCCUGGAAUCAAGUCCAAUUCGGAUGGAGAAGACGUGAGGAUUAAUGGUGGCGAGACCGAACUCUCCAGUGCCGUUCAUGACACACCUGAUCAGGAAAUUAACCAUGAAGAAAACGCAACCAGUAUGGAUGUCGAUCAUAACAUAACCUCUCUAAAUUCCAAAGCCGAGAUCCCUCUUCGUAAAGGAUGGAUAUUCGCCGCUCUAGACCAAAAUAUCUACAGGAGCAAAAAAAAACCAUCUUCUGAUCAUCCUUUGUCCCAAACCCUCCCCCGUAUUCGCUUAGGUUGCUUCAUUCCUAGUGAGGCGAAGCAUUCAACCGAUGGACAAGAUCCAGAUCGCCCCGCCUCGCUCACCCAGGGUGGCGUCAAUCUGAAUGCCGAUGAACCUCCGCCUACUGAAGGAAACAUUGACCUUUCAGGAGACGCGGACUUGGAUCUUGAUAUGUAUCCUGAUGCAGAUGAUAACUCACAAGUCGGAAUCGCAGUUUUAGACGACGGAGGCGACGAUGGAGAGAGCGAGGAAGACGCUGUCACCGAGGUUGAUUUGCCAAUCGACGAACUCGCUGACGAUGACGCUCAUGAAAAACAGGACAUAGCUUCAUUACCAUCGGUCCAAAUUGCACAGACUGGCACACCCACGAAAUUUGUAACAUCUGAAACACUUAGCUCCCUCGAACCUAGACGUUCUCUGCGCAAGCCCGUACAUAAGCCUGUCACCCUGACGAACACGCCACGCCGGAAUGUGGGUAAAAAAGCAGCAGGAACAGACGCGUCCGUCUCAGCCGCGAAUUCGACUACUGCUACCUCUAUCACUUCAACACCCAUCAAUACUGGAAGAAAGAAAGGUUCGCUGGCGGGACGUAGGUCUUCACUGAGAAAAGUCGAAAAUCAGGGGACGAAGAAAACUAGAGUCUCCACCACUGCUCCUUCUACUUCGAAAGGAAAAGGAAAAGCAAAGGAGGAUGUGGAGAUGACUUCGUCUUCUUCAUCACUAGUGGGCCAUGACUUGAAUUCGAAUGUAGCGGGAACAGAGUCCAUAUCAGCAGCUCUGAACAACAGCUUCAAAAGCACCAGGCGUAAAUCCCAAACGGAAAAAGUGAAGUCAGCCUCUGUGUCUGGUGUACCUCCGGCCCGCUCGAAAGUAUAUGUCGACAUCGAGAAAACCACCGUCGCCGGAGGUCCACCCGAAUCCACUUCGCUCAAAUCUGUCAAAGCACCGUCGACUGGACAUAACAUUUCGACUAACAAAUCUAGCGGAAACGGUACUCCAGCAACAACUUCCAUUAAUGGUUCUUACAACCCGUACUCACACCUCACAACAAUGGGUCCACCUCAACAGCUCGCGUCUCAAUCCUACUUUCGCACUCCUACUCAAACCUCCAACAUCCAGACAAUUCGAGAUUCCCUUCCAUCUAUCCAAGCGCUUCCUGCUCAAUUGCAAACUUAUUUACUCACAGCCCUCGCUACGGGUGUACCAGGAAUUUUGCCUCCCGCGCUUGGUGGCAGCUACUCUAUGCAGGCAGGUACAGGUGCCGGAACUAUAGGAAAUGCCGGAGCUGUGGGUAAUGCGAGCGUGAUACCAAAUGUUGAUUCUGGAAGUGGUUUCGGGAUUCCGGGUCCAUUGCUUGCACAGCCCUCAACGUCCGUCUCCUCGUCUGCACUACCAGCGCAGGCUCCUUCAUACAAUAACUACGCGCCGUUACAAUCUGCCUCCGUUCCGCCCAUGUCUGCUGCUCCUAUCAAUCACCCAGCCUCCUUUGCAAUUCCUUACUCGCCCACAGCGUCGCUGCCCACCCAUGGGCCAGGAUCUACUGCUGAAUUUUCUGGAUCCUCGACACAGAAAAAAGGGAAAUCGCAAAAGGCAGCAAAAGCGAGCGCGAAGAAGAACAAGGAGCCAUCUACAAUGCCAGAGACCGUGAACGGAAACUCGAAUCCAGACGCUGAAACUAUGCGUGUCGGACCUCCCCGGAAGGCGACCAGGACAAAAACGAACAAGGUACCAGGAAUGGGAGAGAAAAAGAGUGAGGUUAUGGAUGGGAAAGCCCCUGCCUUUGCUUCCUCAUCCUCCUCUGCCGUUACGAACAUUGAAGCAGCGUCGAUGGCUAGUGGAUCUGGACUGAACCGCAAGGAGGGUACUGCAAAUGAAAUACCAGUACCAAUCAGUGGAGGUGUGGAUGGGGACGGGGACAUCGACGCAGAGGGCGAAAUUGAUUUGGACAUCUACGCACCAUAUUGCGUUGAUAUCAAUAAUGCUAAUUUUCAAAUAUGAUGUGACGGUUGAUAUCUAAUGGGAAUACGUGAUCCACGAUUGGUGCAAUUUUGUCGAGUGUAGGUUACAUACUAGAUCGAGCGAUAUAUAUGACACAGGAGUUACUUCGUAACAAAAUAAAUUGGUCGACGAUUAUGUAAAUCGAAAAAUCUUCAU